UAUACCACUUAAAGUGCAGUGAAUGCCUAUCUUAAGAUAUCGAAAUUUUCUCGGGAUGUGGUCGGUCAAAUCAACACCUCAUGUUUACAUGGGUCCGAGUCCACCGUUUUGUCACUUCGAAAUCUGCGAUUCAUCAGCAAAGGCAAAUAGGUGGCGGAAAAUGCGUUUGAACCAGGUCGUUUUGGCAACUGCUGUUGCUCUGUAUGCAAGCAGCAACCUCGUUGCCGCCGAGUCCACUCGGGAUUGGCUGUCUGUGGACGAUUUAAACGAGGAGCGCACAACUGCUACAAAGACCGCUACCAAGACGAACAAUGUCGAGUCCGACUCGGGAUCGGACAUGGAAUCUGGUGUCACCCACGUACAGAACUCCGAUGUCACUCAACUAGAGCUAGAUGCUUCUGAAAGCAGUGGGGCUACGAAGGCCACGAAGAGCACGAAGGCUACCAAGUCUCCGGUUCUGAAACAGAGGUCAGUUAUCACGUCUGACUCCGGAUCGGACAGUGACCUGGAAGACUCUGAGUCGGGAUCGAGUGGAUUAAAGACUCUGCUGUCGGGAUUCAGUGACGAUGAAAGUGGGUCGGAGGACUUGCUGGGCUCGAGCGACAGCGAUUCGACUGACCCUUUUGAUAUGAGCGGAAGUGCUCUCAGCGGUAGUGAGCUGGAUGCUUUGCUUAGUUCCUUGGGCGGCAGUGGCCUGGGUGACUUCAGCGGCAGUGACCUUGACGACCUGCUGUCUGGUCUAAGCGAAAGUGACUCGGGCAGUGACUUGAGCGAUCUGCUCUCGAGUGACAGCGCGUCGGGCGACGACCUGUCUGAUCUACUCGAGGACGACAGCGAGUCGGGCAGCGACAGCGCUCCCGCUAAGAAGAAGGAGCCCAGCACCCCUGCACCUACCACCAAAACCGACGAUGGAUCCGAGUGUCCUAACGGUUUCAUCGGUCACAUGAAGUCGUGGUGGAAGAACACGUUCGGUAACGGCGACAAAUGCGCAUUGUCGCGCAAACCUGACGACAACACUGAGGCGCAAAAGAAAUCGGGCGGCUCUCAAGCUGCUUCUAGCGGCAGUGGCAGUUCAUCGAAGUCCACGAAGAAGAAGGCUGUGGCGCCGGCCUCCGAAGAGGACAGUGGAUCGGAAGACUCGGAGUCGGGAUCGACUGAUUGGGACGAUCUGCUGUCGGGACUGAGCGACGACGACAGCGGAUCGGAGGAUUCCAGCGGCAGUAAGUUGAGCGACCUGUUCGACAUGAGCGGACUUGGCGAUCUGUUCUCCUCGGACAGCAUGGACCUGGACGACAGUGACAGCGACUCGGGCAGCGACGAGACAUUCCUGCCCUCGGGUAGAGGCGCUAAGCCCACAGAUGACAGCGACUCGGGGAGCGACGACACAGCUGUCCCUGGAAAGACUUCUACGAAGAAACAGAAGAAGAAAACGUUUCUCGGCUCUACGUCGGGCUCCAGCGACUCGGGCAGUGAAGAAUCCGUUGUCCCUUCUACGAAGCCGGAAAAGACGAAGAAGAAGGCCGCGCUCGUCGACUCCGAGUCGGGCUCCAGUGACUCGGGUAGCGACGACUUCGCUCUCCCCGUAACCAAGACAACGAAGAAGAAGAAGGCCGCGCUUAUCGACUCCGAAUCGGGUUCCAGUGACUCGGGUAGUGACGAAUCUGUCGCCCCUAUUAAGAAGUCGAAGAAGAAGGCAACGCCCAGCCCUUCCACCGAUGCCAGCGACUCGGGCAGCGACUCGGACUUAAGUGAUUUGCUGCUUUCUUCCAGCGGUUCGGAGACUGAGGACUCCACGGAAUCCGACGCGGAAUCGGGCAGUGAGGACGAUGACUUCUUGAAGGGCCUGUUUUCCUCGACGGGCAGUGACUUGCUGUCCUCGAGCCUGAGUGACGCAUUGAAAGCCGCCGGUUCUCUGUCGAAGGUCAAGACGAGGGCUCCAGCUGCGAGAGCAGACACGAGUGAAGACGACUCGGGCAGUGACGCUUCUUCCGAAACCGAGACGCCGGCUAGCACUCCAGCUCCUGCGAAGGAAACGACCUCCAGCAGCAGCGGAUCGUCCGAGUGCGGCACUGGCUGGUGGGCGAACACGAAGUCGUGGUUCAGCAACACAUUCGGCAAUGGCGAUAAGUGUAAGAAGUCGUCGCGCAGACUCCGCCUUGAGUAAGGAUUAUUCGUGGUAGUCCGAGAUUCUACGUGGCACUCGGAUAAGGAAGUUCAGCAAUGAAAGUAUGCAGUGUGUCAAACCUUAC